ACAACAGCUUGUGUUAGUUUGUACUAUGACCUGAAUCUGCCAGUACAGGAGAAAAAGAAAAAACAAUCUUUGACCUGUGAAAAUACUGACUCCACCCAACAGACACACACAGAUCUCUUGCUGCUUUCAUAAGGAGGAACCUUGACAUGUAGGAAACUUUACAGAGUCAGUGGAGGAGAUCAAACUGUUCAGAUCCGUCAUGGAUAAAAUGCAAACAUCUGGAGAUGAAGAUUUGUUGCCAGGAUACAGUUCAGUUCAUCAGAAGAGACCAGAACCUGAGCCCAGCCAUGUGUCUAUGAAGAGUGAUGCGUCUAUGGUUCAGCCAAUAAAGUUAAACAGUGGAAAUACACAGCCUGGUCUCAGACCAGUUCAUCAGAAGAGACCAGAACCUGAGCCCAGCCAUGUGUCUAUGAAGAGUGAUGCGUCUAUGGUUCAGCCAAUAAAGUUAAACAGUGGAAAUACACAGCCUGGUCUCAGUUCAGUUCAUCAGAAGAGACCAGAACCUGAGCCCAGCCAUGUGUCUAUGAAGAGUGAUGCAUCUAUGGUUCAGCCAAUAAAGUUAAACAGUGGAAAUACACAACAUGGACUCAGCUCAGUUCAGCAGAAGAGAUCAGAUCCAGAGUCUAUGAAAAAACAUGUGUCUAUGGGUCAGGCAAUAAGGUUUAAGAGUGGAGAUACACAGCCUGGUCUCAGCCAAGUCCUCACCAUGUUUAGAUCAAAUCUGAAGAAGAAGUUUGAGGGUCUGUAUGAGGGAACAGCGAUGCAGAGAAACCCAACACUGCUGAAUGAGAUCUACACAGAGCUCUACAUCACAGAGAGUGCGAGUGGAGAGAUCAUUAAUGAGCAUGAGGUGAGACAGAUUGAGACACAAUCCAGGAGAGCAGCAACAGAGGACACAGCAAUCAAAUGCAAUGACAUCUUUAGAGCUUUACCUGGACAAGACAAACCCAUCAGAACUGUGCUGACAAAGGGAGUCGCUGGUAUUGGAAAAACAGUCUCUGUGCAGAAGUUCAUCCUGGACUGGGCUGAAGGGAAAGAGAAUCAGGACGUCCAGCUCAUAUUUCCACUUCCUUUCAGAGAAAUCAACUUGAUGAAGGACAAAACACUCUGUCUUUCAGAUCUUCUUAAUUUCUUUUUCCCUGAAACAAAAGAAAUGAAAAUAUUCAUUGAGGAAAAUAAAGUGUUGUUCAUCUUUGAUGGUCUGGACGAGUGCCGUGUCUCUCUGGAUUUUAAGAGCAAAGUGAAACUGUGUAAAAUAUCUGAAUCAGCCUCAGUGGAUGUGCUGCUGAUGAACCUUAUUGUGGGGAAUCUGCUUCCCUCUGCUCUCAUCUGGAUCACCUCCAGACCAGCAGCAGCUGAUCUCAUUCCCUCUGCAUGUGUCCAUCGAGUGACGGAGGUACGAGGCUUCAAUGAGCCACAGAAGGAGGAAUACUUCAGGAAGAGAAUCAGUGAUCAGAGUCUGGCCAACAGGAUCAUCUCACACCUGAAGUCAUCAAGGAGCCUCUUCAUCAUGUGCCACAUCCCAGUCUUCUGCUGGAUCUCAGCCACUGUUCUGGAGAAGAUGUUGAGUCACAAAGAGAGUGGAGAGAUUCCCAAGACUCUCACUCAAAUGUACACACACUUCCUGAUCAUUCAGACCAACAUCAAACAUGGAAAGUACUAUGAGAAGAACGUGACAGAUGAAGAUAUGAUCCUUAAACUGGGGAAACUGGCUUUCCAGCAGCUUGUGAAAGGCAACCUGAUCUUCUAUGAUGAAGACCUGAGAGAGUGUGGCAUUGAUGUGACAGAAGCAUCCGUUUAUUCAGGGUUGUGCACUCAGAUCUUCAGAGAGGAGUUGGGCUUGUAUCAGGGCAAAGUCUUCUGCUUUGUUCAUCUGAGCCUUCAGGAACAUCUAGCAGCUUUAUAUGUGCACUUAUCCUUUACAAUCAACAACAUCAAUGUGUUUGAGCAAACAAAACAUAGUCUGUUGUCUAAGAUUUUUAACCAGAAGAAAAAUAAUACAUUAUUUGAGCUGCAUCAGAGAGCUGUGAAUGAGGCUUUACAGAGUAAGAAUGGACACCUGGACCUUUUCCUGCGUUUUCUUCUGGGUCUCUCACUGGAGUCCAAUCAGACUCUCUUACGAAAACUACUGACACAAACAGGAAGCUGCUCCCAUAAAAAAGUGGAAACAGUUCCGUACAUCAAACAGAAGAUCAGGGAGAAUCUCUCUUCAGAGAAAUCCAUCAAUCUUUUCCACUGUCUGAAUGAACUGGGUGAUGAUUCACUGAUGCAGGAGAUCCAACAUUAUCUGAAAUCUGGAAAAAUAAGAAAAGCCAAACUCUCCUCUUCACAGUGGUCAGCUCUGGUUUAUGUUUUGCUGACAUCAGAGCAGAAGAUGGAUGUUUUUGAUCUAAAACAGUUUACUGGAAAACAACAUACAGAAGAUGAAGUUCUUCAGUAUCUGUUACCUGUGGCUAAAGAAUCCAGAUCAGUUCGACUAAGUGGAUGUAGUCUCACUGCUCAGUCCUGUGAAAGUUUAUCUUCAGCUCUACAGUCUUCAAACUCUGUCCUGAGAGAGCUGGACCUGAGUAACAAUGACCUGAAGGAUUCUGGAGUGAAGCUGCUGUCUAAAGGACUGAAGAGUCCAAACUGUCAGCUGGAGAUUCUGAGAUUGUCUGGCUGUAUGGUGACAGAGAAAGGAUGCUAUUAUGUGUCUUCAGCUUUGAGUUCAAACCCCUCACACCUGAGAGAGCUGGAUCUAAGCUACAAUUACCCAGGAGACUCAGGAGUCAAGCUGCUGUAUGAAAAACUGAAGGAUCCAAACUGCUCACUGGACAAACUCAAUGUGGAUCAUGGAGGAGAAUACAGGGUUACAGCAGGACUACAGAAAUGGCUUUGUUUUCUCACACUGGAUCCAAACACGGCAAACAAUGAACUCAGUCUGACUGAGGAGAACAGAAAGGUGACGUGUGUGGGAAAAAAACAGUCGUAUCCUGAUCGUCGAGACAGAUUUGAUGCACAUCAGGUGUUGUGUAAAGAGAGUGUGUGUGGACGCUGUUACUGGGAGAUUGAGUGGAGUGGAGAGUAUGGUGUGUCUAUAUCAGCGUCAUAUACGAGCAUCAGCAGGAAGGGAUGGGGUAAUGACUGUGUGUUUGGACGUAAUGAUCAGUCCUGGACUUUGAACUGCUCUCCUGACAGAUACUCAUUCAGACACAAUAACAGAGAGACUGAUCUCCCUGUGAAGCCCAUCAUCAGCAGAAGAACAGAAGUGUAUGGUAAUAUCUAUAGAACAGGAGUGUAUGUGGAUCACAGUGCAGGAACUCUGUCCUUCUACAGCGUCUCUGACACACUGAGCAUCAUCCACACGUUCCAGACCACAUUCACUCAGCCGCUCUAUCCUGGGUUUGGUGUUAAUAUUGGAUCAUCAGUGAAACUGUGUCUAUGAAUUAAAACAGAUUGCAGAGAGAUUUUACCCAUAAUGCUUCGAGCUACAUGAUAAAUCAGUAACAGUGAGAUGUUUUAGUGUGUCUUAUUUUCUCCUUAUUACAUGCAGCUGAACUUCUGUCAGUUAAAUUACGUCAGAACAAAUGUGUCUAUUAAAUAGACAGUAAGAUCAGUGUGUGUGAGAUUCUCGCUGAGUGAUCUGUCAUUUCUUAACCUACAUUUGUGCUGAUCGAAAUCAGUUUUUAAUUGUUGUCAAUCAUUUCUAUUAGUAUUGUCAAAAUUUACUUUCAGUUCAAAACUACCUUUCAUAAACAUAUUUCACUGAGAAAAUGUAAUUAAUUUUGUUCUUUUGUUUUUGUGCAGACAUAAUAAAACAAAAAUCAACUUUAGAUCAGAUUUUAAUUGAUGAAUAUUUGAAAUGUCUUAAUUCAGUUUUUAUCAUGAAUACAGUCAAUUCCUCACUGAACACUGAAAUGAGCUUCAUUACAGUUUCUAGACAUUAUGGGCCUCAUUUAUAAAGCGUAUGCACAGAUUUGAUCUUAGAGUGUGUGUGCGCUUAAUUCCACGCCAACGCUCAUAUUUGUAAAAACUGCCUUUGACGUGGAAAAGUGCUUAGCAUCACGUCAGGGUCUGAGCAGAAGUACACUUUUUCUUGUCGGAGUACUGCAGGUUUUUGGAAAUGUAAGCUAUUCUUGCACCUUGCUUUU